AUGAUUUAGGAAGUACAGUUCAAUUUUGGACAUCAGCUCAACUUGGCCGAGAUCUUCUACACGCUGCCAUCCAUCACCAUGAAAUUCGUUAUCAUCGCUCUGGCUCUGGUAGUUCUGGUUGCUGCCCAGGAUGACAAGUACACUACCAAAUACGAUAGCAUUGAUGUUGAUGAGAUCCUGGCAUCGGAUCGUCUCUUCAUCAACUAUUUCAAGUGCCUGAUGGACGAGGGUAGCUGCUCGCCAGAAGGCAACGAGCUGAGACGUGUCCUACCGGAAUCGUUGGAAAACAAGUGCGCCAAAUGCAGCGAGAAACAGAAGGUGACCAGUGCCAAGGUGAUAAAAUACAUUUCCGAGAAUCGUCCUGAACAGUGGGCGUUGCUCAAAGCAAAGUACGAUCCCGACAACAAGUACUCGUAAGCGGUGACCAACAGCGCCUUCUGCCUACAUCCAGAUGAUUAACAGAUUGCUUAACAGCAAUAAUCCAAACAAAUCCACUUACCGUCAGGCUGCUCUUCAAGACAAAUAAACAAAUUACUAAUUCAUCA